AAGCAUAUCAAGUCAAACUUGUGCGGAACAAGUAAAGGUUGAUCUUAUAGUAUAUGGAUUAAACUAAUAUUGAUACAUUAUUUGUGUUAAGUAAUCAUUUUUGUGCUUCCUAAAACUGCGAUGUGUGAAGCUAUGUCAGUGAAAAACCUCUAUAAUGGUACCGUCCAGAGACUACAAAUACCCACUCUGACAAACGUUUGCCCGGCGCAUUCACUCUGCCGCCUGGUUGCUAAGGAAACACAGAAAGCAGGUGGAAUAAAUGUGAUGAUGAUGAUAAUGAAGGUAUAGUGCAGAAACUGGUCAGUCUGGCUGGUUGGGGUGUGGAGGGGACACCGCAAACCAAGCCAGGAUUCUGACUACUAAAAAUUUUCACUACCCUCAGUGAAUCUCCCAUCUCCAUGUGUCUCCUUGGACUGCAAUUAUGGUUACACUUAUCACAGAACAGCUCCGUAAGCAGAGUUUGGACGAACCUUAUCACAAGGCUUUCUCAUUCAAUGCCAGCGUGUCACUACCGGCCGUGGGCUCCAGUCCGACCAUCUCAUGGAGUGCUAAUAGAACAACGCAAGGCAAAGACCAGUUCAGCCACCCACCUUCCAUCCAAAGCACAUGUUUUGGCUAACUCUUGUGAACUAGACUCUGUAUGGCCUCCCUCACACUCUGGAGAAGACUUCCGGAGACCAGAGGCUGCUUUUACAGACAAAGCUUUUCAAAGUUCACCCCCACCGCCUCCGAAACGCCACUGCCGGUCUCUCUCAGUUCCAGAGGAUCUGUCUCGUUGCCGCUCCACCUGGCAUCCCAGUGCAUCAAAGGUUUGGACUCCAGUCAAACGAGGCUGUCCUAGUAGGGGGGCAUCUAGUUCGGGCUCCGGAACCACGUCUUUGCCACCUUGUGGUCCCAGUUCGUCCUUCACCUCCUCCAUACACUCUUCUUCUAGCCCUACCUUCUUUAGUUUGGCACUGUCAUCUGACUCCCCUUUAUCUUGGAGCUUCCCAUGGGAUCCACUCGACGCAUUGAAAGGAACUUCAUCCGCCUCCUUUGCCACUCUUUCCUCAUGCUCUUCUUCACCUGCCCCCCACCUUUCUCACUCAGUGCUGCAGCGCCGCUUCUCCCUGUCCCCCGUGCACAUUCAGAAUGUCUCCGGGGCGUCCCUGCACACUCAGCCCCCCGCUGCUUCAGCACUGACAUUUGGCUUUUCUGGCCUAGAGCACACAGCCUUGUCUCCAUCUCCCACUUCAGCUUGCAGUACACCAUCCACUUCUAGGCGCGACCUGCACCCUGCACUACCGCGAUGCCACUCGCAGCCCUGCGACAUGCGCAGACCUCGCUUGAAGAGGCGCCAUGACCCAGAUGUUCUGCCCUGCCCCCGACCAGGCCUGGACUUCAGCAAGAUGACUCAGAUCGGUAAUCGUGAGAGCCUGUUGUGUGGAACGAGCGGCUGCAUAUUUCCUGUGUCCUCACAGGCAGAGCAGCGCUUAACCUUCUCCCCUGAAUUCCUGGGACGAGCCAGCAUUGGACCCUUAAGUGAAAGUGAAGAAGAAGAAGAGGAUGAGGAAGACGAAAGAAAAAGAACAGAAAUGGAAGUGGGCAGCAAAACUGUGUUUGAAAGAGACUGCACAGAAUUGGACCUGAACCUAAUAGAAGAGAACUGACUCUGGUGCUCCCUGUGUGACUACUGCAUUCAUAAAAAUAUAAAGCACACCUGUAGGCUUUGUGCUGUCAACUGGCAGAGGCCUUGAGAACUUGCUGCUCACACAAGGCACAUAUCCUGAGUUCCUAAUUAAGAGCCAAGCAAGUACAAGCUUGUGUGGAACCUGCAUCGCUAUGGUUGUAACAUUUAAGCUAGUUCACUGUUCAGAGCUUCAGAAAAACGUUUGUGCCUGCCUGUUCAGCAGUAAUGGGAAAUGCGCAUGAGCAAAUAAGCAAGUUUUCAUGUGCAGACUUUAGUCUUAAUUAACCAUUGGUAUGCAUCUCGAUAGUCUUACAUACCCAUAUCAGAACGCUAUGUAUGUGAGUAAAAAGAAAGUUCUUAAAUGCUCCAGAUGUUUACUGCUGCACACAAAAAAUCCGGUAGUCAAGUGACUUGAAGGACCAUUUUUCGGUACCCAAUCAGAUCCCCCUUUAGACUGCUUUUAGGUUUUGAUUCAGAUUUUGGUAAAUGGGAGCUGUUGACGGUUGGCUCGAUAAUUUGAUGGGUGUGUCAAAAUUCUACUGAGGUAGCCUAAACUGUAUGAUGAUCCAUAUCUUGUUGCUGUCUGUUCAACAGCUUACAUUCUGGUGUUUAUUUAUUUAUUUCGCCACAUGAACAUGCAGUUCUACAUUAACAUACUGCAUUCCCUAGCCCUUAACCAUCACAGCUUGAUACCUAGCCCUGAACCAUAACCGCAACCUCUAAACUACGUCUUACUCCUCAAUCACUUUGCACCCAUUCGGAUCAAAUUUCCCCCAUACAUUUCUGUGCUUUUAGGUUUUGCGUCACUAUAAUAAUAUGAAACACAUCUACUUGAGGGUUGCUCCCUUGGAUAAAGUCUUAAUUAGCAAAGGGAAGUUCCUAUUUUGAAAUCAGAAUUCCAUCCAUCCAUUUCCGUAACUGCUUAUUCCCAUUGGGAUCGCAGGGGAACUGGAGCCUAUCCCAGUAUUCAAUGGGCGUGAGGCGGGCUACACCCUGGACGGUCCCCCACACAGAGACACACAAAGACGGACAACCAUGCACUAAUAUCAGAAUUGAUUUGGGCUAUUGUUGGAAUGUCUCUUUGAACAGCCACACACCUUACCAACAGUCACACUGAUGAUACUGUUAACUUACCAUGCCUUAAGUCUAAAGAGUUGUUGGUGCUCUGGUCUUCUUUUCACAGCCAGACACUUUUGCAGUCUCCAUUUGCACUGAUUCAGAUAUUUUUGAAUGUGUGGAACGUGUACUGGGAUAUUGAGCAGAAUAACUGAAUCAGUGCCACAGCUGGACUCCACAGGGCACAAUAUAAUGUACUGUACAGCGGUUAGACUGAGUGCACAUGUCCAGCCAUUCGAGUGAAUGUAAAAGGCUAGAAUGAAUCACAUGAUUUGGUGGCCUUUUAGAGAAGUUUUUUUCAUGUUUUCAGAUGGAAAUAUACUUGUUGCACAAUUUAUGUAUGAAUAAAUUUAAUAGA